AUGUCACGCCAACAAAUUCUCACAUUCGCUGCCGCCAGAACCAACAAGCUUCCCCUCAGCGUCGGCCAUCGUGGUGCCUCUGAGCAAUGGCCCGAGAACUCCAUCAUCUCCAUGGCGCAGGCCGUCAAGGAUGGAGCCGAUGGACUUGAAGGAGACCUUCACCUCACUGCCGACGGCGAGAUUAUUGUCAUGCACGACCCUUCUCUCGACAGAACAACCAACGGCACAGGAUUGAUUAAGGACCGCCCCUGGCAUGGCUACAUUGACGGGCUCAAGUCCAAGAAGGAGCCUCAUGUCGGAGUCCCUCGCUGUGUCGACGUCCUUGCCUUCUUGGCCCAGGACGGCAACGAGAAAGUAUGGUGGAACAUUGAUAUCAAGAUGAAUAACUCGCCAUGGUUGCUACUCUCCAUGUUUGCCAGGCUGAUGGAGGACCACUUUCCAGGACGCGACUUUUCAUCCCAGAUUGUAUUAGGACUCUGGCACCCCAAGUUCCUGGCCGCCGCCGACAAGUACCUCCCCAGGUUCAGCCGUAUCCAUAUCGGAUUCAGUCUCCCCAUUGCCCGGGAACACUUCCCACCAUCGACGGUCGACGGAUAUAGCAUCAACUUUAUGAUCCUCUCCACCCCUGCAGGACGACAGUUUGUCAAGGACAUGCAGGCGGCUGGAAAGCAGAUUUUGACCUGGACUGUCAAUGACUCUAUAGAAGCUCGCGAGGCUGUCAAGAUAGGUGUGGACUAUAUCCUGACGGACCGGACCAAAGUCCUCAGCGAUGUCCUGUACGAGUUUGAGACGUUGGGCAAGGAUGGUGUUGAUCUGAAAUAUGCCGCUGAGGCAUUUGAUACCUGGAGCCGGUGGUCCAAAUAUGCCUUCUGGAGGACACUCAUCUGGAUGUUCCUCACUGUCAAGUUCAACAGCGCCACCAAGCAGCUUGACGCUGAACCCGAGAAGAUCCUUGUCAAGUGA